AUGCAGGAUGGUCGGAGGAAGAACGUUGCCAUCAUUGGCGCCGGCGCAGCUGGAAUGUCCUGCGCCGCGACUUUGGCGAAUCACCCAGACAAGUUCGAGGUGACCAUGAUUGAUAUCGAGUCCCACACGGGUGGUCAAGCGACAUCAAUCUCUCUGGACGAACAGAAAUACGGUGCAAGCUGGCUGAAUGAUGGAGUCCAGGGUGGCUCUGCUAUUUUUCGGCAUACAUUUCGAUUCUUUCGCCGCUACGGGUAUGAGCCACAGCAAGUCAAGCUUCAGGUUUCCUUCGGCAAAGGACGAAAUAAUUUCUGGACAAACGUGUUCCCUAGUCCCCUUGUCAAUCAACACUCCCGCGAGAUUAAAAAGCUUGGCCGUGUUUUGAAGUGCAUCAAAUACCUCAUGCCUAUCCUGGGAAUCCUACCUGUCAAGUUCAUCCUUCGAUCAUUCCGUUUCAGCGACGACUUCAACAAUAAGAUGGUCUUGCCACUGCUUGCGCUCUUCCUUGGCACGGGAAACCAAACUCCAAAUGUACCAAGUGUGUUAUUGGAGCGCUUGUUUGACGAUCCACAAAUGAAGCUGUGGGAGUAUGACCCUGACACACUGUUGCCAAAUCUUCCCGAGAUGUACACCUUUCCAAAUCUGGGAGAUUUCUAUCGAGACUGGGCAAAGGAUCUGCGCGCAAAAGGCGUGGAGAUACGCCUUGGUUCCUCAGUCGCAAUUGUCGAAAGGAGCAAAAAGGGUGUAGUUUUGCGAAUUCAACCACGAAGCAGUGAAGGCGAGCAGCAAGAAUCAGUAUACUCUCCAGAAACGUUCGAUGAGCUUGUUCUGUGCUGUCCGGCGGACGAAGCUAAAAAUAUGCUCGAUCGAAAUUCUACCUGGCGAGAGAAAUACGUACUUGGUGGCGUGAAAUUUUUCAACGAUAUCACCAUCACCCACUCGGACUCGGACUAUUUCCAGAAGAUCUUCGAGGCUCAAUAUGACUCCAAGUUGUGCGCGCAAGCCACAACGAAAGAUCGAAAGGAGCAUCUCGAAUUCGCUGAACAGCAGCCCCGAUGCGAAAAAGACGGCUGGGCGGGGUUCCGGCCAAUGUACUUCACCCACUCAUUUGAGUCUGACCCAGACAAGAUUGAAAUGGGUUUUGAUUGCUCCAACUAUCAGCAUCAAUUCCGGGAGCAUCUCGGUUUCGGAAGCCAGCCUCUUCCGCUGAAUGAGCAUGUCUUCCAGACAAUCUUCCUGAAUGACCAGCAAAAAGACAUGUGGACAUGGAACGAUAUUGAUCCUUCUAAGAUCAUCGCCCGAAAGUGGUGGCAUCAAUUUGGUCACCGAUGGCAGCAUUACUUGCGUGUCAUGCCGGGUAUGAUGUUCAUAAAUGGCAAAAACAGAACCCUGUAUGCGGGGAGCUGGACCAUGGUGAACAUGCAUGAGAUUGCCUGUAUUUCCGGUAUCGCAGCGGCUUAUCAGCUAGGCGCCGAAUACGAACCGUUUGACGAUUUUGCCGAGGACUUCUUUGCAAAAUACCUCCUUGUUUGCCAUGGCAGCCGGUACAAGAGAGGAAAGAAUAAACAGAGUUGA